UCACAGAACACAGAAAGCUCAUGCGAACAAUUUAAUACGGGCAAAAUAUGCAUAGGCUAUAUUGUAUUUUUUAAUAUUUAAUAUUAAGCGUUGCUAAAAUUUUCCUGGACAUGUCGUCGAUGUAUCAAGCAACCAAGUGUAAGAAAAGUAUCAAGCGCAAGAUAAAAAUUAGCCCAGCAGUACCGCGCAACUCCAAAUGGCCAACCGAAGAGUGGGCUUCUGUCUGAGCGACAAAAAGAGGAAAAGAAUGAACCUGUCUGCCUUCGCAGAGCUUUGUAGGCACCAUGGUAUUGAAGUGGUUGAGAUUGACCUGAGUCGACCAAUGGCAUCCCAGGGCCCCUUUGAUGUCAUUGUUCACAAACUUUCUGAUGUCAUCGUGGAAGCUGAGUAUAACAGCCAGUCGCAGAAUCUCCUCUCGAACGUCCAGGAAUAUGUGUCUGCACAUCCUCUCACAGUUAUGCUGGACCCUCUGCCAGCGAUGACCCUGCUACUCGAUCGCUUUGCAGCCUAUCGCAUCAUGAACAAGCUGCAGAAUUCCCUGAGAGACAGGGGUAUCUGCAGCCCCCCUUACCUGGAGAUCAAUACCAGUGAUCAGCUGUCAAUCAGGGAGGCAGUGGAGAGGAAGCGGCUCAUUUAUCCUUUGAUCUGCAAAACCAGAGUGGCCCACGGUCUGCGCUCCCAUGAGAUGUCCCUAAUCUUCUGUCCCGCGGGGCUGAAGGACGCCCGGCCCCCUUGCGUGCUGCAGAGCUUUGUGAACCACGGCGCGGUGCUGCACAAGGUUUUCGUGGUGGGGGAGGCGCACUUCACCGUAGAGAGACCCUCGCUCAAGAACUUCCCCCUGGGUCCAUGUGACAGGAAGACAAUCUUCUUCAACAGCCACGAGGUGUCCAAGCCAGAGUCCUGCUCCCACCUGACUGCCCUGGAUGAGAAGACCCCCCGACUGCCCCCCCCUAGCAGAGACGUCAUGGUUGCCUUGGUGAAGGAGCUGCGGGCGGAGCUUGGCAUGGCGCUAUUCGGAGUGGACGCCAUCGUCAACAUCCACACGCGUACCCUCACCAUCAUCGACAUCAACAUCUUCCCCGGGUAUGAAGGAGUUCCGCAGUUCUUCUCCUCCCUCCUCAGUCAUAUUGAAUCAGUCCUGAAGCAGAGGGACUGUCCCGCUAUCAAGAGCCCCCCACCUCCCUGACCCACCCCCCAACUGUCUUCUGAGGGGUUGUUUCUGACGAUGUCAGCCCAUUACUAGACGUCUGCAUCUACACACAAGGCUUCAGCAUCUACAUUGUGAAAUAUCCAGUACUUGCCCCUCCUACUGAUUAACAGUUGGUAGUUCACCUGUCUGGGGUCAUCUUCUAUAACAGGGCUGUCCAGUUUUAUGGCCCGGCGUGGGUGCAGGUUUUUGUUUCAAUCAAGCUGUACCACACCUGAUUCUACUUAUCAAGCUCUUGUUUGAAGUUAAUUUGUUGAAUCAGGUGUCAUAGUGCUGGGUGGAAACAGAAACGGGCCCCCACACUGGCCAUUUCAGGGAAAGAAUGGACACCCCUGUUCUAGAAUCUCAAGUGAUACUGGUAUCUCCUGCACGGUUGGAGCACAGAUCAGGCUGGUGAGGUCAGAGGUCAAACAGCAGGACCCUUUAGACAUCACCUCUUGGUCGUAAUAAAACUACAUAUAAAAUCCUAACUUGGUUUCUUGCCUUGCUGGGUGAAAAAUUAAAAUCGGAUUCAUUCUUU